ACUUUCAGCGUUGCCCAGCCAAUCAAUUAUUGUUGUUGCAGCAUCAAAUAAGGCUCAUUGGCCGCAAAAAGUUCUGAAGCCUAAAGUCACAGCAGCAUUGUGACAACUCCGCUAAAAAAUAAAAUAGGAUGCGAUUAGUACACCGUCAAACCGCAGCAAUCAUGUCCGGCUGGACAACGCCGUCCGCUAAUCUGCGCUUUGUGCUCGCCCUCUGCCUAGCCAUCGCGCUGCUGCCCAGUCCCGGUGCGGCGCGCAUGGCCUUCGAGAAACUCACAGACUUCGAUUUUGCCGGCACCACAUACUACAGCGUGAAGAAUCUCUCGCUGUACGAGUGUCAGGGCUGGUGUCGUGAGGAGGCCGAUUGUCAGGCGGCCGCAUUCAGUUUUGUCGUCAAUCCAUUGUCGCCCUCGCAGGAGACACACUGUCAACUGCAGAACGAUUCGUCGGCACACAAUCCGUCCGCGGCGCCACAACGCUCCGCCAACAUGUAUUACAUGGUGAAAUUGCAGCUGCGCAGCGAAAAUGUCUGCCAUCGGCCGUGGGCGUUCGAGCGUGUACCCAAUAAGAUUAUACGCGGUCUCGAUAAUGCGCUCAUCUACACCAGCACCAAGGAGGCCUGCUUGUCGGCUUGCUUAAAUGAGAAACGUUUCGUUUGUCGCUCGGUCGAAUAUGAUUACAAUAAUAUGAAAUGUGUCUUGAGCGAUUCGGAUAGACGUAGCUCGGGCCAAUUUGUGCAGCUGGUCGAUGCGCAAGGCACCGACUACUUUGAGAACUUGUGCUUGAAGCCGGCGCAGGCCUGUAAGAAUAAUCGUUCAUUUGCCGUUGCGCGCGUGGGUGUGUCUGAGGAGAAGGUGGCUCAAUAUGUUGGUCUGCAUUACUAUACCGACAAGGAAUUGCAAGUGACUUCAGAAUCUGCUUGCCGUUUGGCCUGUGAAAUCGAAACAGAGUUCCUGUGUCGCUCAUUCCUGUAUCUCGGUCAGCCACAGGGUUCACAGUACAACUGCCGCUUGUUCCACUUGGACCAUAAGACACUGCCCGACGGUCCCUCAACUUAUCUGAACCAUGAGCGUCCACUGAUCGAUCACGGUGAACCCAUUGGCCAAUACUUUGAAAAUGCUUGCGAGAAGACCACCUCACCGCCCGGCACUUUAGACAAGUUGGACACACUGCCUGUCAGUCUAGACACUACCGAAGAUCCUAACUUGACCAACAUCACCAGAAAUGAUGUCAACUGCGAUAAGACUGGCACCUGUUACGAUGUCUCUGUACACUGCAAAGACACCCGCAUCGCUGUACAGGUCCGCACCAACAAACCGUUCAAUGGUCGUAUCUAUGCUCUGGGACGUUCGGAGACUUGUAAUAUCGACGUCAUCAACUCGGAUGCGUUCCGAUUGGAUCUGACCAUGGCUGGACAAGACUGUAAUACGCAAAGUGUGACCGGCGUCUAUUCGAAUACUGUCGUACUCCAGCAUCACAGCGUUGUCAUGACCAAGGCCGAUAAGAUCUACAAAGUUAAAUGCACCUACGAUAUGAGUUCGAAGAACAUCACCUUCGGCAUGAUGCCCAUACGCGAUCCAGAAAUGAUCCACAUCAACUCAUCGCCUGAGGCACCACCACCAAGGAUUCGCAUACUGGACACACGUCAACGUGAAGUGGAGACCGUACGCAUCGGUGAUCGUCUCAACUUCCGUAUUGAAAUACCCGAAGACAAUUUUGCUCAAGCUCCCUAUGGUAUCUUUGCGCGUUCUUGCGUCGCGAUGGCUAAGGAUGCACGCACCAGCUUCAAAAUCAUUGAUGAUGAUGGCUGUCCCACUGACCCAACCAUCUUUCCUGGUUUCACUGCUGACGGCAAUGCAUUGCAAUCGACUUAUGAGGCCUUCCGUUUCACCGAGAGCUACGGUGUUAUCUUCCAAUGCAAUGUUAAAUAUUGUUUGGGUCCUUGCGAACCGGCUGUGUGCGAAUGGAAUAUGGAAUCCUUCGAGUCGUUGGGUAGAAGACGUCGUCGUCGCGCUAUCGAGGGCAACGAGACUAAGGAGGCUGAUGAUGAUAUGAAUAUCUCGCAAGAGAUUCUAGUCCUGGACUUUGGCGACGAGAAGCGUGAAUUCUUCAAGGCAGAUCCCAGCACAGACUUUGCCAAAGAUAAGACUGUCACCAUCAUUGAGCCCUGCCCCACGAAGACCUCCGUUUUGGCGCUGGCCGUCACAUGUGCGCUGAUGAUUCUGCUCUACAUUUCGACAUUGUUCUGUUAUUAUAUGAAAAAAUGGAUGCAACCUCAUAAGAUUGUAGCAUAAAGAAAAUGUUAAGCAACACAAAAACACACUUACACAUAUAAAUUUACGAAAAAGUGAACAGAAGAAACUCUAAAGUAAGCAAGAAAAAUUAAAUUGAACACAGGGGUAUCGGACUAAAUCAGAAAAGUAAUUUAAUGUUAUGCAAGAAAUGAUAUUACAACAAAAAAUUUACGAAAAAUAAGUUUUUAGAAAAAAAGCUCGCAAAAAGCUUUUACAAAAAAGUUUCAAGCUAGUAAUUUAAGUUUAAAAUUAAACAAAGAAUAAUGCAUUUCAUAAUAUUAAGUUUAGCAAGAGUCUAAAACGAAAAGCUGGCUUGGUGGUAGCGGGAAAGUUUGAAAGUUUACAUAAGCUUCGCAAUUUCUCUAGAGGGGUAGAAUAGGCCUAAUGGCACGCAAGGAAUUAUGCAAUAAUAAGUAAUAAACUGUAUGCGUAUCAUAGUUUUAGUUUUAACAUAUAGAAGUACUUAUGCAUAAAAGCUCAGUGGAAUAGAGCUUUUAUUUAAAAUGUUAGUCUUAAUUAUAAUACUUCAAUCCUACAUACAUACAUAUAUACACUGCACUCUCACCUUAUAUGUUCCACGAAAUUUAAGCUAUCGAUUGAGUAA